CUUCCUCCUCGGCCAGGCCGGGUGAAACAGUUUGGCUUGCCUCGUCUCCACGGCAACUGUGGCCACUCAGCGUCCCGUCGCCUCAGCAACCCCCGCCGGGCCUCUUCUACUCCCGAAGGCAGCCGAGAAGGAUCUGGAGCUGUGCAGCGAGAAGCUCCAGGCCCAGGGUCUCUUUUCCUCGGGCGGCUGGUCCUUGGGCUUCAGACACAAGCGUGCAAUCGGGCGGCUGGUGAAUGCGCUGACGAGAGAGGCCCGGCCAGCUCUGGGUCUCUCCCGGUUCUUUCCCCGGCUUUGGAGCGAUGAGCGAGGGGAGUGAGGAGAAGCCGAGUCUGAGGCUGGAGGCCGCAAUCCAGAAACUGGAGGAUACAGUGCUGCAUCCCAGAGCUAGCCGGAACGACAAAGCAUUGACUGUGCGAGGUGAAGGAGAAAGAGCAGCACCCACAACUGUCCCAGCCAGGAUUCGACAGAUCGUCACACAGAGCUUGUCUGAACCAUCAUCCCAAGGUUUGUUGGAAACAAUCUUUCCAGUGAACAUGCAAGAAGAAAACCGCCUACUGCAGAAGGAGCUCUCGCGUCUUGAAGAUCUGCUGGCACAAACCCGUGCUGAGAAAGAUGAACUAGCUAGCAAAUACCAGGCUGUUAAUGACAGGCUGGAACAAGCGCUCCAAGGAGAGGAGGAAGGAUUCCUGCACGUGAGGCAGCAGUUCAAAGAGGAUGAGAAAAUGUUCAAACACAAGCUGCAGGCCUACCAGGAUGGGCAGCAACGCCAGGCUCAGCUAGUGCAGAAGAUGCAGAGCAAGAUGCUGCAAUACAAGAAAAGAUGUGGGGAGCUGGAGCAGCAACUACUGGAGAAAACCUCUGAGUUCGAGCAUCAGAAACAGAUGCUCCAAACACGUUUAGACUCAACAGAGUUACGUUUACGUCAUUGUGAGCAUGACCACAAUACAGAUUUGGAGAGCACCCUUAUUCGCCUGGAGGAAGAGCAGCAGAGGAGUACCAGCCUUUCCCAGGUGAAUACUCUUCUUCGGGAACAGCUGGAUCAGAUGAAGUCUUCAAAUCAGAGACUAGCAGGAGAACUCGAGAAGGCAGCUGUCGAUUUGCAAUUGCAAAUGCUGAGGAGUGAAACAGAACAGAAAGAAUCCCAGUUGCACAAGGGCAGGGAGAGUUAUGGUUCAUAUUUAAGCAACGAACACAGUGGGAUCCUCCUGCUAUGGCGACAAGCUGCAACACUUCGCGGCAACUUUACAGAGCUUCGUGCAACAAUGGAGAGAGGUCUUGCUGAAACAGGAACUGACAUGGCAAGAGUGGCCCGCCGCCUCCAGACAGCCUGUCACAAUCUGGAUUCUAACUUGCGUCUCUCUGAGAGCAGCUCUGCUUGUUUGCUGGAGAAGCAACUUCGGGACAAAGUACGGGAGAUGAUGCAGCUGCAGAAUCUCUGGGAUGGAGAAAAGGCUGGCCUAACCUCCAGGAUUACAGAGUUAACUGCAAUAGAAGAUAACCUUAAAGAACAGAACACAAAGAAAGAGAAGACCAUCUCUGCCCUAAAAAUGGACAUUCAGAAAUUGGAGGCCAGUAAGAUUGAAGAUCUAGAGGAGGUGAAGGACCUCAAGGAGGAAGUUGACUUUUUGCAACGUACUUUGAGCAGCAUCACACAGUUGGCUCUGGCUGAAUCUCAGAGCACAGGACUCAUCUCCUUGGAAAGUGCAAAAGCUGCAUCAGAGGAAGAGACUGUAUGGCGUACCUCCCCUCUGCGCUCCAUCUCCCCCCAUCGUCGGUGGACAUCCCCAUCCCGGAUGCGUUCAUCCUGUCCAAAUGUAGCAUUGCAGUCUGUGCAGGCUGCUAUCCAAAAAUCACAGCAACAUGAACAGUUGCAUGUGCAGCUGGAGUCCUGCCGGGAUGCGCUGGGAUCUGUCAAGAAGCAGCUUUCUGACUGCCAGCAGGAAACACAGGCAGCAAAACAGCAGCUGCAGGAGCAGAGGAAGGAGUGUGAAGAGCUGAGUGGGACCUUGGAGGAUUGCAGACAGGAACUGCAACGCUGGAAAGUCUCGGUGGAAAAUCUAGGAAGAGAGAAGCAGGCCUUGGAGUUGGCAGUGGAAAGCCUGACUCAGCAGCUUGACUCCUCCCACCUGGAGGUGGAGAGGCUGAAGAUUACAAAUGGAGAUCUGCAGAGACAGUGGAAACUCCUGCAGGAGCAGAAGGAGGAUGUGAUUAAAGAAAGAGAGAGAACAAGGAAGGAACUGGAGCGGGGGCAGAGGUCUCUGGAACAGCUUGAAGAAAAGAUGUCAGCCCUGAAGAAAGAGCUGGUGACCCUCAAGGAGUCUUUGAACCAGGCUGUGUUGGAGAAGGAUGUGCUAGAGGGUGCUAAGGAAGGCUUGAGUGGAGCACUUUCCAAAGUGGAAGCCACCAAUGCUGAGCUUCAGCUCUCCAUACACAAGAUGAAAUCAGAGAAUGCCGAACUGAGAGACUCGCUGGCCAAGAUGGGAGCUCUAAAUGAAGGGUUGGCUCAGGACAAAGUUGACCUCAACCGCAUAAUCCUACGGCUAGAAGAGGAGAAGAGCAGGUUGCUGAGCAAGAAGCGAGAACUAGAACAAGAGCAAGGUGGUUGGCGGGACCAGCUGGUCCACUUGGAGCAAGAGCUGAUGUGCACAAGAGCAGAGAAGCAAGGGCUGGAGCAUAGUUGCCAUGUCUCAGAAGGAAAACAGAAGAGGUUGGAUGAAGAGAUGGCCUUGCUGCGCAGGGAGAGGAUCCAGCUGCAAGACCAAAUAAUGCAGCUGAACAGCCAAAGGAAAACUCUAGGUGAGCAACUGGCACACAGGCAUCAAGAAAUGGAGGUACAAGCAGACUCCUUGCUCUGCGCCCUACAGGAAAAAGAAAAGUUGGCUAAAGAGAAGGCACAACUGGCUGUGGAGCUCACUGCACUGGAGAGACACAGGAAAUCGCUAACAGAUGAGAGAGACACUCUUAGAGUGGAGAAGGAAUCCCUGGAAACCAGCCUUUUUGAGGCACAAGAGCUGGUAGCUCAGCUGGAGGCCCGCAAGGAACAACUAGAAGGAGAAAAACAAGGCAUUGAACUUACCAAGCAGGCUCUCCAAGUGGAAUUGGGGAAAGCUCAGCAUGAGCUUGAGCUCCAGGAAACCACACUGAAAAGAGAGAGUGAGAUGUUGAAACAGCAGCUAGCCCAGGUGGAACAGGAGUGCCAGCUGGCCAUAAAGAACCAGAGGCUGUCUUUUGAGAAGGACCUUGGAUGCCUCAGAAAAGAGAAGGAGACGCUGCGUCAAGCACUGACUGAGGAAAAGGAUGAGAUUGUCCACCAUCUUCAGCAGGAGAAGGAAGAAUUAGUUUCCAAAAAUGAAACUGAGAAGAGAGAGCUCAUGGAGGAAAUCCUUACUUUGCAGCAGGACCGGGAAGAAAGCCUCCUCCUGUUAGAGAAUGAAAAACAAAAGGCUUUGUCCCAGAAGGAAGUAGAGAAGAAUCUCCUUUCAGAGAAGCUGAGUGAUGCUCAGCGGGAACUCACAGCUGCCAGAGCCGAAAUUGACAGGGUGACGCUGGAAGCUCUGAAUAGGCAUGAGCUGGAUAAAAAUACAAUUGCGAGCAUCACUGAUGAGCUACGGACCUUCCAGGCACAGUUUGAAGAUGCAGUGGCUGCCCACCAGAAAGAGCUCAGGUGUUUGAAUGAUCACGUAAAAGAGCUGGCAAAAGAAAAGGAGCUCAUGGGGAGGGAGGCAGAACAGUUAAGGGCACAGCUGCGGUUGGCAGAUGAUACCCAUGCAGCAAUUCGUAAGGAAGUGGCUGAACUUCACUUCAAGUUGCAGGAGACUGAAGAGGUCCGUGAUCAUGAACAUAAGGAGUUGCUGGAAAUCCAGAGGGUUCUGGCCGAUGAGAGCAGGGAAAAAGAAUCGCUACAAAAGUCCAACUCUGAACUCAGAGCAGCCAUCAAGAAAGCAGAGAAUGAGAGGCUGAGUUUGCAGAGAUCCAAGAAUGAGAAGGAGCAAAAGGUUGCCAUCCUCGAGGAAGCAAAAGCAGCAAUUGAAGGAGAAGUGGGAGAGCUCCGAGCAAAUCUUCGGGAAGUGGAGAAAUCUCAUAUGGAAGCCCGAAGGGAACUUCAGGAACUGCGCAGACAGGUGAAGACCCUAGAGAGUGAGAACAACAAACAGGCCCAAGACGUCACUGAGCUGCAGCAUCGAUUGCUGCAAGAAGAGCAGCAAGAACAGCAGAGCCGCAAAGAGGCCCUGGAACUGAAGCAGAAGAUGAGCGCUCUGGAGCUUGGUCGUGAAGCUGCUCACAGGGAGCUGCUGAGUUUGCAGAAAAAGGUGUCUUCCACAGAGAUGGCGGCUCAGCUCCGAGAGCAGGACCUCACAAAUAGCCUGGCAGAGAGCCAUAGCAGAGAGAAGAAGCUGAAGGAUGAUCUCCGUAGCCUGGAGAUGAAGCUGCAGGAAGCCCACAGGACAAGUGACAGCCUCCAGAUGCGUCUCAGCACCUGUGAGGGACGCUCCCAUGGCUUAGAUGUAGAGCUGGCCAAAGCUGAGGCAGCAAAGAGGGAGGCUGAGCUGAAGCUGGUGGCCCUGCACUCAACUCUGCGCCGCACACUCGGGCUGGGCAGUCAGAGCCCAUCACCGCAAAGAUCCAGCUCCCCAGUCAAAGGAACUAGUGGCCGACAAACACCAGCCUCCCGCACUGGAUCGCCUGAGAGGAGCCGCUCACGUUCUCCAUUUCAGCAGUCGUCUCCUCUCAGAGGUGAACGUACCACAAGUGAAAUUGACCCGGAAGUAGUCCGAGAUGCUUUGAAGGGCUUCCUUCAAGAGCUGCGAGACACUCAGAGAGAGAGGGAUGACCUAAGGGUUCAGGUGAUGAAUAUGAGCCGUCAGAUAAAUGAAAUGGAGACUGACCGUGACCAGACAAAAAAUCGCAUCAUGCAGCUUCAGAAAUUCUUAGCAGACUGUGAAGAAGGCAAACGGGGAACAGAUGGACGUCUGAGUAGUGCUCAGGCAGCGUUGAUGCUACAAGAGGAGACAAUUCGGGCAGCAGAAAGGGAACAGCAAGCAUGUGCAGAGCAAGUUGUCACCCUAGAGCGUAACUUGCACAUUUGUCAGGAAAAAAACAGGGAUCUACAGGAAAAAGUCAGUAAGUUGAAAGCCAAGGAGGCCAAGCUCGAGACAGAAAAACGGAAGUUAAAGGAAGUCCUGGAGGGAGCAGAAAGCAGGGCCACCAAACUGGAGCUGAGCCGCAGGGCUGUGGAAGGAGAGCUACAGCGGGCCCACCUCAGCCUGACAGAACGGGAUGCAGAGAUUCGGUCCCUGCAGGAACAGAACCAGGUGUUUCGCUGCCAACUCGGAGACAGGGAGAGCAAAUCUGCUCGUCUGCAGCAGGAACUGGACCAUUUGACUCACUCCCUGGCCAGGACGGAGGGCACUGAAAGCCACCUAAAGGGCAGGGUCCAGAGCUUAUCCCAAGCGCUGUCUGAUGCUACAGCUGGCUCCUCUUCCCUGCAGGAGACCGUCUCUCAGCUGCAGAAGGCGCUGACUGCAGCUGAGCAAGACCGUCGGCUGCUCCAGGACCACUCGGAUUCCAUGAGACAGGCGCUGUCAGAUAGCAAGAGACAGAACCAUAACUUAACAGAAACAAUACAUUUGCUGCAAGAUCAACUGGGUGAGGUGGAACUGAGGUGCAGAAACCUGGAAGGGCAGGUAGAACACCUCCAGGAGGUUGAACAUGAGAAGUUCAGAAAGGAAGAUGAAACCUUUAGGUUGAGUCAGAUGAGGGAGCAACUGGAUCGGUCCCUGGGCAGCCUACAACAGGAACUGGAGGACACCCUGAGGCAGAAUGAGCACUUGCAGGCCCAGAUUGCAGAGCUGGAACGAACUCAUGCCCAGCGACUAAUGGAGCUUACAUCCAGGCAUCAACUGGACAUGGAGCUGGAGACAGAGAGGCUGCGCAGUGCUCAACUCCAAGCUGAACGUAUGCUCGAGUCCCGAGAGAGAAACCACCGGCAGAAGAUGAAAGGCCUGGAGGAGCAGGUGAACACUUUGAAAGAUCAGCUGGACCAAGAAGUAAGGAGAAGACAAGCUUACAUGACCCAGAUGCUUCAUACAGUCCAAUGAUUCAAAACUUUGCCAUUGUGCUCUGACCCUCCAUGACUAAUCUCAGAACUAGCCUUCAGAAAGAUUUUUGAAGCUGAGGCACUGUGACUGGACACAUCCAUCUCCUUCAUUAGGGCACUCAGAUGAAUAAUAGAGAAACACACCCUGUACACUUGGAAGGAGUGAUCGAGACAAAAAAAAUUGGCAGCAUACAGCCAAGAGGAAACCCUGCUGUGGGGGCAGCUGUUCUUCCUAAGAUGCUUGAAACCCAGGGCACUGAUGCUUAACUAAUUAAUUUAGGGCAUUUAACAAGAAGGGGAUUCUCUGUUGUUUGGGUUUCUGUCUAGUGUAUCCCUGCAUGAUCUCUAUGGGGCUAUGAAUGCAAGUUCUACAAAUUAAAACAAUCUGUGGAUCAGACCAGAGCACCUAUUAUUGAAAUAAUACUUUCCAUCACUCAUCAGGUCUGUUCAUUUCUCUGUUGGGGUUUGGAGAGCUGCUGUCAAGUAGCCUCUGAUGCAUCAAUACAACAUAUAUAUAUAGUACCCUAAUCUAGUGGACACAUAUUGUGGCUAUCUGAUUGUAGCCACACAGCUCAAGUGUCUCACAAAUCACAAGGAACAAGCUGUUCUGUAAACAGGAGAUGGCAGGUAUUUCCACUGGCAUCAAAAUUGCACUAUGCGCUAUAAAGAGAAUCCGGGAAGUACACUGUGACCACACCCCCAGGGGUGAUCAAAUCCUUUGCUGUGUCUAUGAACCUCAAGCCAUUUUCAUGGUGGCAGGUGGCUGAGCUUAACUCAAAGCCAAGUCAUCUUAUGACUUGCUGGCCCCAAGACAUGUCAGAGUGUUAACAUUCAACAUUCCACCCACUCCGCCGGCUGACAGGCUCCAAGGAAAUCCCUUUAGGAAUCAAACUUUGGUUUCCUUGGAGACAACAGGGAACCAUCUUGAAGUUGCUGUGAACAUCACCUGUUAGUAUUGUUCCACAUUUUUUCCCCAUGAAUGUUUGUUUUUCCUGAAGUGAACUGCAAAUUAUUGAAAUAAAGAACAUUUCUC